AUGGAGCCCCCGGAACCCAGCCAAGAGAUUUUAGACUGGCUUACUACCCUGCAUCUGCCUCAGUAUGCCCUGUGCUUCCAGUCAGCAGGGUACAAGACUCUGGAAGAGUGUAAGGACCUUACAGAUGAGUGCCUCCUAGCACUCACAGUGUACCCUACAGGCCACCGUAGACGAAUCCUACGCAGUCUUGAGGCACUCGGGGUAGGGCAAGAGUGUGUGGAAGAAGAAGAAGAGGAAGAAGAGGAAGGGGUGGGGAGAGAGAAAGGGAGGGGCCAGAGGAAGCCGAUGCCAUACCCCAGACACAUUUUCCUGAAGGAUAAAAAGAGAGCGACUUCGUGCCAGAACCAUGAGCCGAAGGAGAGGAGGUACUAUGAUACAGAUGCAAGUCAGAGUUUACCUCCAGGAGCAGGGUUGGGAGCCGAAAUCGAGGUUGUCGCAGAAAGCGGGACCACCGACCCUCCUCGGCCGGCUCUGCGAGACCCCCGAAACAUUCACAAUCGCUCCUUUGCAUCUACGUCCAUGACCAACAGUAGAAGCAGCAGCAGCAGCGACUCUCUCUCCUCCCAUUCUGAAGUGCCAUCUGACUGGGAGAUUUCCUCUGAGGAGCCACCCCUCUCUGGCAUGGACUCCAUCCCUCCUCCAGCAGAGGUUUCUUCCCCAGUGCUGACAGGGGAUCAAGGGGGCUUCCUGGGCGAGAUGGUGGAGAACACUAUCUAUGAGAGAGGUCCGAGUUUUAAGGCUCGCAAGGGUCCUCGCCCAACCCGCUCGUAUCGGCUGAGACACCGUCCUGUCCCCGAGAUCCCAAACCAGACCAUCCUGAGCCCGGAGGCGCCUGCGCAAACAGCCAGCCCUCAACACCUACCUGGCUCCGAGGGUCCCAGCGGUGCAAACAGCAUACAGAAAGCUCCCCUUCAAAGAACCCUGACUCCUAUCGCUCCCUAUGGAGAGACGUUCCUGUACAACAACCCUGAAGACACCUCGGACCAAGGCACAAAGGGACUAGUAAAGAAAGAGUUAAAGGACAAGAUAAAGAAGGCGAAACCGAGAAAGAAACCAUCUAAACACAAGAAUUUGGGGAAGAGGAGUCAAAAGGAUGGGACCAUUGACACGCGACCCACGUCAAACGCCUCCGACCUCUGCGAGGACGAGUACUCCAUGGUGGAUGAGCACGUUGCCAGCCUGCAGAUGACCAGUCAGGGUUUGGCAAAAGCUGCCACUGCCAACCCUGAACUGCUUUCCGUCAGCCCCACAGCGUCCGGUGCUGCUGCCACCGCCCAUCAUGGAGGGUCUAUAAAGAUGGUGGAGUGUGACCUGGGGCUGGUCAGAAACACAGUCCCCCUCACGUCUGACAUCUCCCCAUAUGCCUGCUUCUAUGGAGCCCCCAAACACAAGCUGUUGAAAGCUGGAUGGCUGGACAAGCUGUCUCCUCAAGGAAACUGCGUCUUUCAGAGGAGGUGGGUGAGGUUUGAUGGUGAGAGUCUCACCUACUACAACAAUGACAAGGACAUGUACUCUAAGGGUAUGGUUUUGGCCAGUGCUUUCAAGCAGGUGAGAGGACUCGGGGACAACAAGUUUGAGGUGGUCACGUCCCUGCGGACCUUCAUAUUCCGAGCAGAAAGAGAAGGGGAGCGCCAGGAGUGGAUGGAAACUCUUCAGACGGCAGUGCACCUCCCUGUCCACGGCUCCCAGAAGCCCACCAGCAGCUCCACGCCCCCCUCCUCCACAAACAAGCGCAGCUCGCUCGAACUGCGCGGCUACAAAGGCAGAGUGCUGGUGUCCCUGGCUGGUUGUAAAGUCAGGCUCUGCAAAACAGAACAGGACUAUAAAGCUGGCCUCGCCAUCGCUGAGGUGGACCUGACUGCUGCCAAUAUCAAAGAUGUGGACCGGCGAGGCUUUGAAAUCAACACACCCUUCAAGAAUUUCUGCUUCACAGCCGAGUCAGAACGGGAGAAGGAGGAGUGGAUUGAAGCAGUCCAGGAAUCAAUCGCUGAGACGCUGUCCGACUACGAAGUGGCCGAGAAGAUCUGGUUCAACGAGGCCAACCGGAGCUGCGCCGACUGCCACGCCCCGCGGCCGGAGUGGGCGUCUGUCAAUCUGGGCGUGGUCAUCUGUAAGAAGUGUGCAGGGCAACAUCGCUCCCUUGGCCCGAGCAUCUCCAAAGUGCGGAGUUUGAAGUUGGACAGCAGUAUCUGGAGCAACGAGCUAGUUGAGCUCUUCCUGGAGGUCGGCAACAAGAACGCCAACAGUUUUUGGGCCAGCAGUCUUCCCCUGGAGGAAGAGCUUCACAUGGGGUCAUCGACCGAGCAGCGGGCCACCUUCCUCCGCAGGAAGUACAGGGAGAGGAAGUACCGGAGGGUCCUGGAAGGCUUUCAUGACCAGGAGCAACUAAACCAGGCGCUGUGUGCGGCUGUGGUGUUGCCUGACGUUGUGCAGACCAUGGCGCUGGUGUUCAGCGGGGCGGAUGUCAUGUGCGCCACGGGGGACCCAGAGUACUCCACCCCAUACCUCCUCGCCCAACGGGCGGGGCAGAUGCUGCAGAUGGAGUUCCUCCACCAAAACAAACUCUCAGAUUUUCCCAAACUGGAGCAAUGGCCAGAAAACAGCUCCCCAUCUGACGCCCUCCCCUUCAUGGAUGGCUUCCUCUACGUCUCCUCCGGUCCCGCCAAGACCACGACGGAGCGCCGUGGAAAAGAUGACAUGGUACGGCGUUGGUGUACAUUGGAGGGUGGUUUUCUGAGUUACUACGAGAGCGAACGAAGCCCCGUCGCCAUCAGCAGGGUGGACGUUACCGAGGUGGUCACCCUGGCGCUCUGCAACACCGAGACCAUGACUGGAGCUGGGGCUGUGUUCACGGUGGAGCUGUAUCUGCACACAGAGAGAGUGCUGAUGGUGGGUGCUGAGACACAGGACACCCAACAAGACUGGCUCCGGGCUCUCGCUAAGUGUUUUGUCCCAUCCAAAGUCGAGGGGAUGCUGCGUGGAUGCAGCGAGCUGAUUGGUCGACUCCACUACAAAGAAGGUCACGACCUUUACCACUGGAGAAUCGGAUGGUUCGCGCUCGAAGGCUCCUCCUUACACUACAUCCCGGGUGAAGGAGACACCACCGAGGAAGUAAUUCAGCUCAAACAGCUACAGGAGCUCACGGUCUCUACUCACACCGAGGGGGAGGACAAGAUCCAGGUUCUGCUGAUGGUGGAGGGCGGAAGCAGAACCGUGUACAUACAUGCCUUUAAUAAGCUGGACUUUGCACUGUGGCACUCUGCGAUCAAAUUGGCUGCUCGCACAGACGGCAGGGCGUUGGGCAACCAGCAGCUGAGCAAAAAUGGCGUCCCUAUUGUGGUGGACAGUUGCAUCGCUUUUGUGACCCAGUACGGUUUGUGCCAGGAAGGGGUGUACCAAAGGGAGGGGGAUGCCAACCGUGUGGCCCUGCUCUGGGAGGAGUUUAGCCAAGAUGCCCGGAAUGUCAAGCUGCGGGAGAAGGAGCACCGACUGGAGGAUGUCACCGACACCCUGAAGUGCUUCCUGUCACAGGCAGAGGACGCCCUGCUCACCAAGGAGCUCUAUCCUUACUGGGUGUCGGCACUGGAUGAAGAAGACGAGAAGCGGAGAGUGGAGAAGUACUCCACCUUCAUUCACAGUUUGCCGAAGAUAAACCGAUCAACCCUUGAAGCUCUGCUGCAGCAUUUGUACAGGAUUCACCAGUGUUCCCACCUAAACCAGAUGCCCAGCCAGCGCUUGGCUUCUGUCUUCUCCUCCUGCCUGUUUCAGACCAGAGGACAGACCCCGCAGGAAAUCAGCGUGGUCCGCGAUCUCAUCAACAACUACGUCACUCUCUUCAGAGUCAAUGAGGAUCAAGUGCAGCAGAUGGAAAGAGAGAACAGAUUCAUCACACGCUGGAACGACAAGAAAGACACCACAUUCUCCCCAGCUGGAGACCUGAUCUUCGAGGUAUACCUGGAGAAGAGGGAACCAGAGAACUGCUGUUUAAUCAAGCUGUCUCCCAACAUGACGGCCACAGAUCUGACAGAGAGCGCACUGAUGCUGAAGAACGUCCCCAUCAGCCCGGAUGACUUGUGGACCACCUUUGAGGUCAUUGAGAAUGGAGAGCUAGAACGGCCGUUGCACCAAAAAGAAAAUAUUCUUGAGCAGGUUCUGGGGUGGAGCUCUCUGGAUGAUCCUGGCUCGGCCCAUCUCGUUAUCAAAAAAUUUACAGGGGCCAAAAUGGUGGCCGCCCAUAAAGGCCCGAAGCAGUUUCUGAAAGGAGACUAUUUGAAGUUCAAGGAUGGACCCUCCAAACUGCUAUCGGGACACAAAUUCCAGGACAAAUACGUUAUGCUGCAGGGGGACAAGCUGCUGCUCUACAGAGAUAUCAAAAGCACUAAAGCGGAAAAAGAAGUCCUGCUCAGAUCUGCAAAGUGCUACCUGGGCCUGAGGAGGAAGCUCAAACCUCCAACCUCCUUUCAUGGCUGGGGCUUCACGGUCUACACCGACAAACAGCAAUGGACCCACUGCCAGUUCUGUGAAUUAUCCAAGCCAGUGUUUUCCAUCUGCAGGCUGUUCUACUGUGAGGAGAAAGACGCUCAGAUCGACUGGGUGACUGCCAUCAUCAGGAUGAAGUACGGUUGCGACUUAUGGACCAAGAGCGUCAACUCAGGACAGUCUGCAGUUCAUAGUACCUCCAGAGGGGGCGCUGUCGCUGACGGCCACAGGGGUUCUCAGCCCAGCAAGCACAAAGACAUCAAGCAGCCGGCAAAGAAGGGGGUUUCUCUUGGUGACGCCAACCCAAGGAUGAGUCAGGACGCCAACCUAUACCUUACGACCGGCACGUUGCCCAACCCUCUGAAGUCCAAAGACAAGGCGGCGCCCAGAAGAGCCUCCGUGGGAGUUUGCCGACCAAAUCUCCCUGCAUCAUCAUCAUCCUCGACAGCACUCCCAGCGGCCAAGAGUUUAGCCGUUCCCCCUCGGAGUGCCGCCAAGAGUCCCAACAGGAGGCCGGUGCCGGGAGGGGAGGCCAUGAUGCCCCCCAGCCUCCUGAAUGAACUCAACUCGGUGCUGAACAGGACUGGACGGAGCACCAAGGACGACAACUCCUAGAGAGAUGG